CUGCUUAAAGAAAGUCAAUUUAAAAAUUUUAAAAAUAACAAUGCAACAGAAUCAACUAAUCUUAAUGAGCAUUUUGCUCUUGGCGACGCUGCUAAAUGGCGUCCAAUGCGCAGAUAAAGAACCUUCCACAGAAGUCAAGCAGUGCUCUGGGAGCAAACCUUUUCCCUUGGAAGUGCGUGUUCAUGGCUGUGUGACGCCUCCGUGCAACGUCUUUAAAGGAACGGAUGCCAUAUUUGAGAUUGAUUUCGCCGUUGACAAGUUCAUCACCAACAUGACAACCUUGGUCAAGGCCACAACAUUGGGAAUUAUAACGGUGCCCUAUGAGCUGCCCGAAGAUGUUGCCGACGUCUGCACCAAUCUGAUGUAUGGCGCCUAUUGUCCCGUUUAUCCCACGGAGGAUGUCACCUAUCUCUUUCAGUUUCCAGUGGGAGAAUAUCCUGAAAUCGGUGUGAAAAUCGAGAUAUAUCUGGCCGAUCAGGAUGGCGAUGUGGCCACCUGUUUUGUGUGUGAUAUCAAAGUCAAAAAGAACACCGGCAGUACCAAAAUGUAUGAGUUGGAUUUUCUGAACCGCAAAUAAGCUUUACUCAACUAUAACUUUAACUGUGAUACAAAUACAAAUAUAUAUUUUUUUUGUUCAAUAAAAAACUAUGCAAUAUAUUAAAUAA